GGCCACGAACAUAUAAAAUCAGAUCGCGCCAGAAGAUAUCCAUCGCAGUUCGCCGAUGCUAAUGUCCAUGCAGGAAUCGCAGACGCUGUUUCAGCUAUGUUUGAAUUCGAUGAUGCGAUGGAAGCCGAUGGCGGUGUUGGUGUUGAGGAGAACAAGGAGAGUCGCAAGGGGAAGUUGCCGGCGAGCGUGGAAGCCGAUGGUUGCGGCGCCGGCUUAGCGGGCGACGGCAGGCUGCUUAAGAGGAUCAUGCUUUCCCUGACGAAGCCGUUGUACGUCCUCGGGCUCGGCAGGGGGAGCUUGCGGUCGGAGAACCGCCGGAGGUUGUAUCGACUCCUGCGCAAGCUCGUGAGGAGGCAAAAUUGGGCCGAGGCGAGUGGGGUUCUGAGCGUACUUUUGAAGGGGACGCGCAAGGAUAGGUGUCCUGAGCAUAAUCGGCUCAAGUAUACGGUGAGACAGGAAUUUUAUUCUCUAAACUGUUUAGGUUAUUGGAUUUGUGUUUUUCUUUUGCGGCGAUUGUUAGGGCUACGAUUUAGUCACUGUUAGUCAUAUGGCGAGAAGAGAAAACAGUUAUUGUGCAAACGGUAGAAUCGCUGCUUCUUGAUUGCUUUCAGUUCGGGAAUCGUGUAGAAGAAGUCACUCUUUGGCUGCAUGGUAAUUUGUGGAGCUGGAAUUUCUCAGCAAUCAGCUUCUCUAAGAACAAAAAAUGUGUUA